UAAUGCCGUCCACACGUGCGUUAUCAGUCCGCCAGUCGUCGUCGAUGGAAGAAAAUGCGUCCCGUGAAAAGUCCGCUGUCGCAACAGAAAUCCACGCCGAGAGUCUAUUGAAACACAGCGUGUCUCUCUCUCAAUGCGUGAGCUUCGGUUAGGUUCGACUCUGAACCAGUCGUACGCCGAGUAAGCGGAUGUCAGUUCAUUCAUUUUUUAGAGUAGUGAAAUAAACAUGGCGGACGAUUCAGUCGUUCCCAGGUUGGAGGAACGUUUAAAAAUCAAAAUCGGGGAAGCAAAAAACUUACAGCCGAGAACGGCCAGCUCGUCACAGCCCAGAGAUGUGUAUUGUACCUUAUCCCUUGACCAGGAGGAAAUAUUCAGGACAGGCACACAAAACCAGACCUUAAGCCCGUUUUUCGGCGAGGAGUUCCAGUUCGAGGUGCCCAGGAACUUCAGAUAUGUGUCAAUAUACGUGUAUGACAGGGACAGGCACCUGAAGCAAGACCGGGUGCUGGGCAAGGUGGCAAUAAAGCGCGAGGACCUCGCCAGGUACAACAACAACAAGGACUACUGGUUUCCCAUAAAGGCAGUGGAUGCAGACUCGGAGGUGCAGGGCAAAGCCAAAGUGGAGAUCAUGUUUGAUCCAAUCUACAGCAAGACCAAUCCCACCUAUGCAAUCAACCGUAGACUCACCGUCAAAGUGGCUGAGUGUCUGGACUUAACAUUAAACAACGGGGCUUGCGAUCCCUACGCUCAAGUACGUGUCACCUACACAAAUGGCAAAUGCAUCACGAAAAGGACCAAGGUCAGAAAAAAGACCACGAAACCUGAGUUCGAUGAAGUGUUUGUGUUUUACAACACCGAGGAGAAGGAUUCUAUGUCGGUGUGCGGUAGUGAUAGCGAAAUCUGUGAACUGAACGUGUCUAUAUGGCAUGACACCCCCGGCAUGAGUGACAAUGUGUUCCUGGGUGAAAUCAAAGUGCAAUUACAGGGUAACCAACAGCAGAAUGCAGCUCAUCGGAGUGCAUGGUAUUUGUUGCAGCCGAGGUCGGGCAAAAAUCGGCCGACGACGCACUCAACUCCCCGCGGCACCAGGUUGUCGUGCGACAACUCCCUGGGGUCGUUGAGGCUGCAGAUCCAGUACACGGAGGACCGGGUGUUCCCCGCCAACGUGUACAACAAACUCAAGAACCUGCUGCUCGAGAGCAUUCACAUACAGCCCAUAACCGCAACAUCCGUUUACAUCUUGGGCGAAAUAAUUAAUAAAAUGGACAUAGCGCAGCCUUUGGUCAGGAUUUUCUUGCAUCAUCAGGAAAUCGUACCCAUAAUCAGGGAGCUGGCGAACGCAGAAAUAGCCACGUUGACGGAUCCGACAACGAUAUUCAGGGGUAACACCCUGGUGUCCAAGAUGAUGGACGAAGCGAUGCGACUGAUCGGACUCCAGUACCUGCACAAAACGCUGAGACCGACGUUGGAGCUCAUCUUCAACGAGAAAAAAUCAUGCGAAAUCGAUCCGACCCGGGUCUCCGACCAGAACAUCAGGACCAACAUGGAGAAUCUCAAGGGCUACAUCCAGAAGAUCUUCGACGCGAUCACCACGAGUGCCGUGCACUGUCCGGCGUUGAUGUGUCAGAUUUUUCACAACCUGAAGGAGUGCGCCCUGAUGUACUUUCCUGAUGAUCGGGGGGUGAGGUACUCGGUAAUAUCGGGCUUCAUUUUCCUCAGGUUUUUCGCACCGGCCAUACUAGGGCCCAAACUGUUUGAUCUCACCACCCAACCAAUUGAUUCGCAGACGAAUAGGACGUUAACGUUGAUUUCGAAGACGAUUCAGUCGCUUGGUAACUUGGUCAGUUGUCGUUCGAUGCAGCAGGUCUGCAAGGAAGGCUAUAUGGAGCUGAUAUACAAGGAGUUCGGCACCGAGAAGCACCACACGGCCAUGAGGCAAUUUUUGGAAAUCAUAUCAGCCAACUCUUCCAAUCCCCAAACGAUCGACGACACUCCAGUUACACUCAAAGAAGGACUAAUGAUCAAACGUGCCCAAGGCAGAAAAAGGUUUGGACGUAAAAACUUCAAGCAACGGUACUUUAAACUCACCACGCACGAUUUGAGCUACUCUAAAAGUAGAGGACGAGACGCGCUGUGCCAGAUUCCGCUGAACGACAUUUUGGCCGUGGAACGUCUGACCGAGACCUCGUUCAAAAUGAAGAACAUGUUCCAGAUUGUGCAGCCGGAACGGGCCCUCUACGUGCAGGCGACUAACUGUGUCGAGGAGAAGGAGUGGGUGGACCUGUUGAACAAAAUUUGCCAGACGAACGCCAACCGUUUGAAAAAGUAUCAUCCUUGCGCAUUCAUCAACAGCCAAUGGAUGUGUUGUAAGUCCCCGAACGAACUGGCGCCGGGAUGCAGGGAGGUGUCGCGAACGGAUGGCAACUACCACAUGACCCUGGAUCCGGAACGCGAUCUGCAACGCAUCCAUUCGCUCAUCUACGCGCACCUCGAGAGAUUCGAGAAGGCGAUACAGUUGCUGCGCGACAAGCCGACCCAGGAGCCGAUCAUGAAGGUGCUGGAGCAGCUGAGGGAGGUCGCCUAUCAGAUUGAGCAGCAGCACCGGUCGUACAAACGCAAGCAGGACAGGAACACCAAAUACGGCAGCCUGGCUGCACCAAUUGGUGAUGACAACUACCUCCUGGCAUCCCGCAUGAAUCUCGACUCGUCGAAGCUGCGGAAAUGCAUAACGAACGAUUCCAACGGGCCUUAGCGCUGUGCUCUUCACUAAUUCCAUUUGUUUGGAAGACACAAUUUAUUUGAUAUAUAAAUUAUAUAUUGUACUAUUACUUUAGAAUUCACGAUUCUCAUUUGAAAGACUGCUAAACUAAUGAUUACGGUAAGAUGAACACCAGUGUAAUUAACGCUGACCUAUGAUGAUUAUUCCAUCCCGGUCUCAAGCCCAAUUUACAAGAAAUUGAAUGUUUAAGUGUUAUAUAGUUUGAAAGAUUUUAAAUAUUUUUAUUAGGUUAAGUUUUACAUAACUAGACAAUCAUUGUAUGCUGUAAAAAAUGCUUGUAAAUUUACAUGAAAGCCUACAAUAUUAAUUAAUUUUCUGGUAUAAAUUAUACAUUGAUAUCAAUGUAAGGAAACAUUUUGAAUUUGCAUGCAUUUUUUUAAAUGUAAAAUUUACAAUAUUAUCUUACAAAUUUGUUUGUAUGUAGUACAAAUGUGUCUUAGAUGUGGAGAUUUGAAGGAUAAAAGUGGUACCAAGUAAUUGUAUACAUUUAAAUCGUAUUAUUGCUGCUAUGUAUAUUUUUAAGAGAUUAUUACACAGUUGCUUAGUUCCACUUUAUUUUUUACAUCUUCAGGAGCAUCCCAUUAAAAAUAAAACAAGUCUGCAGGGUUGUAAUUUUAAGCAAUAAUUGAAAGUGACAUUUAGCUGUUGUAUAAAAACUAUUGUUUCUUCAGUUUUAAAAUGUGUUAGUGUUAUAGAUUUAUUAUUUUUGUUAAUACGCAUGUUUUAGACUAAUAUCAUAUUGUAUAGUGUAUAUAUUUUACUCAAAAAUGGCCAUUGAUUUUAAAGACGGGCAUUUGUCUUAACAUUUUGUUUGUAUUACAUAUUUAUUUGCAGUUUUUUGUAAUCCUAAACCAUAUAAUUUUUUUAUUUUUAUACUUAUUCGUAAGUAAUUUCUGGCUAUUACAGAUUUGAAUCUUAUAACAAACUAAAUCCCAUUGUAUUGUAUGUUACUAUUUUAUCUGAACGAAGCUUUCAGAAAAAUAUUUUGCUUUAACUUGUUACUUGGUUAUUAUAUCGUUUGUGUAUAUUUUGUAAAUUGUACUGAGUUUUAGUUAUUUUCGCAUUUAAUGCAUUUUUAUACUUGUUCCAUAUAACUUAUUAAACUUGUAAAUUAUUUAAAACUUCGUAUGUUGUUUUUAAACUAGAUUCACUUGUAAAUUUUUUACUCAUUUUAAAUAAAUUAUUAGGAAAUUUUA